AUGACCCCCUCAUCGAAUACCAGUCCUGCUCCGUUGCCGCGACGAUUAUCGUGUGACCGUUGCCAUUACCAGAAGUUGAGAUGUACACGAACCGGGGACAGCCAAACGAGUACUUGCAACCGCUGCAUUCGACAGAACGCACAAUGUGUUUACAGCUCCAGUCUUCCCAAAGGAAGACCGAGCAUGUACCGUCUAGCAAACGAGCGUCGCCCUCCAGCGAGCCCGAAGACCGCCUCUUCCACUACGAGCUCCGCCAGUUCCGAUGUCCCACCUGCUGCGAAGACGGAUGGGGCUGAAAUAGCUGAGAACAGCAUGCAGAUUAGCGAGUCUUCCACCGCAAACGACGACAUUGAUCAGCUGCUAGCUGGAGCCAUUGGCCCAUCCUGGAUGCACCCGAUGGAAUGGAACGACAUGCAGAUCGAUACAUGUAGUGGAGAUGAGUUCUUGAACCUGCUCCACCACAACCCUCCAACACCGCCGUCGGCCUGUUUCACAGGUUCCCAAACACCCAUGUUUGAGCUCUUUGAGAGUGCCACCACCAUUGCAAAGAGUGACCCCGAUGUGGGAAUUGCCCAGCUGUCUCAGCUAAGCACACGUCUGUAUCCAAUUCACAGGAGGAGUUGUAGCUUGGCAGAGACAGCAGGAUCAUCUGGCCAGAUGAGCCCAGACAUGGGCCAACAACACAAGACCCAAGCUUUGAUCGAUGAUAAUGCUUUCAUAGUGGUCGCCAAAUGGCUGGUUCAGGGCGUAUCAACCAACAUGGACAUCCUCUUUCGUGCAGGCGAUCACCGUCUCCACAACCCGAACAUCAACCCGGCGCUUCAGUCGGAGCCCCCCACUACGGGUGAGACUCUGAACGACCUUUUUGCAGCCUCCCACCACCUUCUCGAAAUCUUGAGACUGCUGCAGUCCAACGUUACAGGCGGGAACAGCAACGACAUGGACGUUGCCGCAGCACCAGCGGGAGCAACCGACUUUUGGAGAAGCAUCACCCCGCAGUCGACAGACAGCAACGAUGGCACCGCUGGCUUUGGCGAGGGGUCCAAGCCGGUCCCGACGGCCUCGGCCCCUUCCUCCAGCCAUGGCCGUCCGUCGUCGUCCAGCGAGUACUCGUCGACAGUUGUCAGACACCUGGUCAUCGCCUGCCACACCCUCCUUCUCAACAUCUACAUUGCCGUGCUCAUCGCUCUGCAGCACGACGUGGACCUCCGGAAUUCCUCUCUUCCUGCCGAAGCAGCAGCCCUGGCGGACAUGCGCCUGGUUCUCGUGGUCCAGCUUUGCUCUUACCUGAUCAAGCGCCAGCACCAAGCCGUCGACGUUUAUCUUUCUUUUCCCAACACCCUCACGCAGAAUGUUGAACCGAGCAGCCCCUCUUCCAACACCGCCAGCGGCAAUGGGGAGGUGAGAAGCGACCUGGAACUGGAAGUUCAGCAACGACUUUCGAAAUUGAGACAGACACUCCGGAUCUAA